AUGUCCAAAUAUCAAUUCAUAGUCACCAUACUAGCCCUCUUGCUUGCAAUGCUUCUGACUGCCUUGGAUCUGACAAUUAUCUCCACGGCCGUCCCACGAAUUACACAUGAUUUCCAUAGCCUCAACGACGUAGGCUGGUAUGGCUCGGCUUUCUUCCUCACAAUGUGUUGCUUCCAAACAUUCUGGGGAAAGCUGUAUCGAUACUGUUCCAUAAAGUACAUUUUCAUUACGGCAAUCUUGAGCUUCGAGUUGGGAACACUUGGGUGUGCGGUGUCCAAGAACAGUGCCGGGUUCAUUGCUGGCCGUGCAGUCGCGGGCUUUGGUGGUGCUGGUGUGAUAUCGGGCACUUAUAUUAUUAUAGCCCACAUUGUACAACCUGAAAAAGUUCCGGUUUUCUACGGUCUGAAUGGCAUCAUUUUCACAAUCGCAAGUGUUGCCGGACCCUUGAUUGGAGGGGCCUUCACGUCCACCGUGACUUGGCGAUGGUGUUUCUACAUCAAUCUUCCUCUUGGGGGUGUAGCUGUUGCCGCACUUUUGCUGAGUUUACGCCUCCCUCAAAGCCGCCGACCGGCUCCUACACCGGUGCUGGAAAUUCUCCUCAAGUUGGAUCUCCCGGGCUGUUUCGUCAUGACUGGUGCCCUUAUAUGCUAUCUAUUGGCGCUGGAAUACGGAGGAAUUACCAAGCCUUGGAAUUCGUCACAGCCCAUCGGCCUACUGGUCGGGUGGAUCCUAUUGACGCUACUUUUUGCGGCCGUGGAGUGGUUCCAGGGGGAUGAAGCACUGGUUGCGUCGCGAUACCUGCGUAACCGCGGCGUCUUGAUGUGUUGCAUCUUCGUAUUCUUCCUAAACGCGGCCAACUAUAUCCGCGUCUACUACUUGCCUCUCUACUUCCAGGCGAUCAAGUAUGCCUCGCCAGAACGCAGCGGAAUUCUCCUACUGGCAUAUAUAGUUCCCACAUCCGUUUUCACGAUGCUGGCUGGCGGCGUCCUCAAUAAGGUCGGAUACUACCAACCUUUCCUCCUCGCGGGCGCCGGUACAGUGACUAUCGGCUCUGGUUUGAUCUACACCUUGGACAUCAACACCCCUUCCGCCAAAAUCAUCGGUUAUCAGAUCUUGGCGGGGGCUGGAGAUGGGAUCUGCGUUCAAGUCCCAGUGACGGCUGUGCAAGCAUUUGUGGACCAAAAAGAGCUAGCCACGGUGACUGCCCUCGUUUUGUUCUUUCAACUAGGCAGUGGCGUCAUCGGGAUCGCGGCGGGCGAAAGUAUCUUUUCCAACCGGGUGAUCCAGAAAUUAGCCCAGUAUGCGCCGGGGACAUCGGCGACAGCAGUGCUGGAAGCUGGGGCGUCGGAGCUACAAAGUGCAUUUGGCGAGGCAGAAUUGCAGGGGGUUCGUCGGGCGUAUCUGGCCGGGAUCCAUGGUGCUUGGAUUCUGACUCUGGCCCUCUGUGGGGCGGCAGUGGUGGCCGGUGUGUUGGCACCGCCGAUCUCCAUAGCUGGAAAGACCGGUGUCCGGCCUACUACGGAGGGUGAUGGCGAUAGCAAACGCCGUCCCACUGAUGAGAUGGGUGAGGAAGAGCGUGGUGAGGUGGACGGGGCUGGGGUGUCUGAUUGCAAAGCUGGCUGA